CAACGAACAACGGCGGUUAAACGCGAGAUAAACGAUCUCCGACUUUUCGUUCGCCCUUGUCUCGUUAAUCGCCGUCCGUUUUUCGCAUUUCGGUGUUGACCGCGUUCGCAUCGGUCGGCAAAGCGUCCGCCAUUGGACGGACGAGAACGGUUCUAAACCGGUGAGGAAGGUGUGCGCUCGGGGAUCUUUCAAUAUACAAUAAACACCGUGGUUCUGCUCGCUGGUAUUCCACGCCAUGACUAAAAUUUGUUGGAAGAGUAGGAGUGCGGUAGCUGUGACAGGUCAAACAGCGAACAGCGAAAUUACUUAAUGUCCAUUCGGGCCGUAUGAUUUCUCGUAUAACGUGAUGCUGACAGGUUAUCGUGUUCCAUCGGUUCGUUGUUUCUCGGCUCAGUGAAUUAUUGCCCAAGAACGCCAAGCAUCCGCUUCGUGGUCUGUUAUUUUCGUGGAAGCUGUAGGACUCAGGCCGUGAACGGGAAGAGCAAGCGCAGAAACUGAAAAAGGAAUGGAGAGCAGCUUAAUUUUGGUGAAAAUUGUAAACACAGGAUGUUCAAAGAAGUACACCAAAUAACUUGGAAUCAGUAUGCUUGAUGGGUCACAAAGAGGUAGACGAAUGUUCAGCUGGUGGUGACAGCGGGGCUGAAGAAGACGAGGAUGAUGCAUCUUCUCGUGGAUCCAGAAGUAACAGUAGUAGCAGCAGCAUUAGUGGAAGCAGUACUUCGACCGACAGUGGAGACGACAGCGGAGAAGAGCAAGGUACAAGCGGCAGUGAGACCCACAGUUCUGGCGAAGAGGACGACGAAGAGAAUGACAACACAGAAUAUUCUGUCAAAGCGGAGAGUCCGGAUACUUUGAAAUGGGAAACGUGCAUCGCUGGAAACACCAAGAUAAAACUGCCGCAAGAUCUCUGCGAACAUUCAGCCAUUUUCAAAGAGUUUUUGGAUUACCCUUACAUUUGGAACGAAUGCCUUACAGAAAGUCAAAGGGAGACCCUUUGUAAUCUUCUGCCAGUUUUCCCAAAGGAUUGCGAUGUGGAAGCUGAAACUGAGAAAACACUGCGUAUGUUAUUCGAACGUGAAAAUCACAGGUUCGGCGUAGCGCCUUUAGACGCAUUUCGUAGUCACCUAUCUGCCGGUCAUUACCGACCGGAUAUCAGAAGAAUGUGCAGCUUGGUUCGCAAAGCGCAGCAGAGAAGAUUGUUGUUCGAGGAGCGGAAACGAUCUUACGAGCUGGCCAGUCAAUUACUAAAGUCAAGGGAGAGCUUGCUGUACAAUGCGUAUAAACAGGGUUUCUGUCAACCGGCUCAACGAACGGUGUCGAAAAUCCAAUGGAGGAAGCCGAAACCUGCUAUGGUUGAAGAGAAAACGCAACUGCGCUAUUUGGAGGAACUGAAUGCACUGCGGACAGAACUCGGAGCGAGCGCGAAGCUAGCGGCCGACACAACGUCCGAGAACGAGGAGAACUAUCCGCACUAUCAGUUGUCCGGCGCUAAGCAGAAGAAGAAGAAACGCUCCUUGAUGGGGGUUCAGGGAUUGUCCAUCCGGGGUUUGCAAAUAAAUCACGAGGAUGAGACUAUCCGGCCUGUUUUCUCCACGCUGCAGCGGGCGGAAUAUCCGGCGAACAGGUCUCUGUUUGUACGCGAGCAAACGGAGGAAAUGUACCGCGAGAUGUUGCUCGAGCACAAGAAGAGAAGAGCACGGCGCGACAUUCAUCCGGAAUUGAAUACGCAGGGCAUCGCUCUUGCCGAUUUAACUCAACGAGCGCAAAUCGGACAGAAGCACAAAUUAUCGCUCGGCCCCGCCAUACGCAUCACGUCGGCGAAGAAACGGAUAAAGCUGGAGCAUUCGCCGCUCUGUCCACCGGCGCCGAGAUUAACCAACUCGAUAAAACACGAAAGCGACAACAGUGAUUAUUCUCACACGACGGACGAGAAUAGACAUUCCAACGCGUUGGAUAUGGAUCACCGAAUGCUGACGCCGAUCAAGUCGGAGCCUAUGGACGCGUACGAGAUGCAUCAGAUGUCUAAGAAGAAGCUGAGCCCCGUUGCGUUGAAGGUUGGCAAGACGUCGAUGAUGGCCGCUCCAGAGAUAAAGAAGGAAGUGGAGGACAUGGAGUACGACGAUAUAAAAACGGAGCUUGGCACGGGAGUGAACGAGGACCCGCCACUGGAAACGGAGGAGGAGGAAGAGAACGACAAGAAGGAGCUCGACUUGGACAGCAUCGACAUGAUGCAGCUCCCUAUACAGCUCGACGAUGGGAUUGAUAUAUUGGACGAUGUGAAGUGCGAGGACGAGGGAGUUAUAUCGAUACCUGACAAAGAGAUUGCUGUCCCGUCGAACGAGGAUGCCAUGGACAUGAACAGCGGGGCGGAAUUGAUGCAAGAGACACACUCCUGUUUCUUCUCGUUGCUGAGAGAUGCGUUCACUUCGAAAGGCGAGUACAGAAUGAGCGCCGGGGAAAUGAAGGACGCUGUCACCCAGUGGCAAGGGAAUCCCAUUUCACCGUUGAACGAUUGGUACUCCCUGGCGUCCUCUUGGCCAGCACUGGUCCCGCUAGCUUUGGGAUUCCUUGCCGGUGAGCUCACCUAUUCUCAGGACAUAAGCGACCGACAGGAAAAAGAAUCGGAGCUUGUCCCUUACUUAGAGAACAAAGGAAGCGGGGUCUAUGCGUGGAUCGGUGCCGGGCGAGACUCGGACUCUCGUCUGUCUGACCUGUGCGCGAAAUUCUUGAUGCACAAAGAUUCGCUCGGUCUGGUCGCCGUGAAGCAACAGAAUCAAGCGCCUCAGGUCAGCAGCAGCAACGUUAACAGCAACACCGCAAGUGGAAACGCAAAUUCGAGCGGCAGAGAUAGCAGCAGUCCGGCGAUGGAGUCGAUCAACGUCGAUGGCGCAUCUGUCAACACUGUUGCGGAAUGGGAGCCACCUCGCGCUCUCUGGCCCACCGAAUGGAAAGUUCGGGCGUCCACGAUGGAAGAACGAGAAGAGUUCAGGAGGCAAGAACGUAUGCGUUACGCUGCACCUCACAAAGCGUUCACGUACAGAAUGCACGGUUAUGCUUCUGUCGUGGGUCCGGUGAAAGGCAUUUAUCAGCAUAACGUUGCCUCUGGUUUAACCAAAGCUCGAGGACACUCAUUGCUGGUGGCGGAUCGGCCAAACUUUGUGACGAUUUUAGCCUUAGUGAGAGACGCCACUGCAAGACUUCCUAACGGUGAAGGAACCCGAGCCGAUAUUUGUCAAUUGCUGAAAGACUCUCAGUACAUUAGGGAGCAGACAGAGAGUGACGACAAGGAAGGAUACUUGCACUCUGUAGUGUCUGGAGCUUUAGACAGACUCCACUACGAAACGGAUCCGUGCGUACGAUAUUAUCCACGACGCAAGGAAUGGCUCUACCUUCAUCGAGCACGUUCAGAAUCGGAAUUUGAAAUGUACCAUCAACAGUUGCAAGGUGUUGCAAAGAAUAAGAAGAAUGGCGGUAGUAUGUCUCGAAAGGCACUGCCCCCAGUGAUAAAACCUACUAGUGUCAACAAAGAACAGUCUCCGAGCAAUAAUAAAGAAGCUACACCCAAAAAAGAAAGGAAAACCGCGUCUGCUAUCCAACCUGUCAUCUCGAGGAAAGAGCAAAAGAAAACCGAGGAGAAGAACAUGAACGAUCAUUCCGUUACUACGGAACAACCCGCUGUGAUCACGAACAUAGUGACAACGAUCAACACGCCAACGACUUCGGUAAUUUCAAUGUCGGGGGCCACAGUGCCGGUCACGUCCCUCCCGACUUCCUCUACCUCUAUCAGUACUAUCACCGUGGAGAAGGACAUGGCAACAACCGUGGACGUGAAACCGCAAAUCACUGCGAAUGUCCCAGCGAAGAAGGCAACGAACAUCAGUGGAAAACCGGUCGCUGUUGUGAAAACCAGUGCCCAGAGUUUGCUGCAAUCGAACCAGCAACACUUCCCGCAUCAUCAGAUUCAAGUGUCAACGUCCGCUGGUCUGCAGACUAUUCGAUUGUCCGGGCACUCUGUGCUGCAUUCUGCUCAAUCUGUAGUGGCCAACAGUACUUCCAACGUGACGAACGUUACGACCAAUUUAACCACGAUAUUGCCACCCACCAAGCUACCGAGUCAACAACAACAACAAUCGCAACAACCGCAGCAGCAGCAGCAACAGCAGCAGCAGCAGCAAACCAUAAUGACCAAUCAAGCUGGAAAGAAUAUCUUGCAGGCUGCUAGUAUAAAGCAACAACAGUCUCAACAGCAGCACGUGCUGCCUGGAAAAACUUUGCUAGCCUCUCAGAUAAAACUAGUCAGCUCUGGGCAAAUCAAAUCGCUCCUCACGGGUCACGGGCUUCAAGGUCAGACAAUAUUCAUCAAACAAUCGUCACCAUCUGGCAAUCAGUCGCAACAGAUACAACAACAACAGUUGAAGCAGCAACAGCAGCAGCAGCAGAUCCAACAGAGAGUCGUUGCCAAUCAGCAACAAUCGAUACAAACGUCGGGCAUGCAGCGCAUAAUCGCUCAGAUUGGAGGGAAGCCGAUCGCCGUGCAGAUUCAACAGUCACCGCAUCAGCAGCAACAGCAGAAGAUACUGGCGAAGGUUUUAACGAGUUCCGGCAGCGGGCAGCUCAUCUCCGUGGAAAAUCUCCUCGCGCAGAAGGGGCUGAAACUGGCAACGACGACCAGCCAUGCAAAUCAACUCGGCAGACAAGGGAAACAGGUCAUACAAACUCAGUAUCAGGUAGUGUCGCAAGCGCAGACUUCGUCGGGCCAGUCGAAGAUCAUAGCUAGCACGCAGCAACAGCCGCAACCGCAGCAGGCGCAAACCGUUCGAAUGGUGACGGCUCAGUUAGCUGGCAAGCCGAUAGUCUUGGCAAGUGGCAACAAAAACGUGGGAGUCGGGGUGAGCAGCAGCGGGAGCGUUGUGCUUGGCAAGCAGCAAUCGUCGCAGCAACAGACGCAGCAGCAGCCAAUCAUCUUGCCGAGCCAGUUGCUCAACAUCAAAACGUUGCACGGCUUGAAAGUGAUACCAACGCCGGCUGGGUUGAAAACCACUGGUGCGGCGGUUUACGCUCGAGUCAUUGCUCCAACCACUAUAACCUCGUCCCAGUCCACGGGGAAUCAGCAGCAGACUAUACAGACACAAUCAUCGAGAAACAACACCUACAGCGCACCUUGACAAAAUUGAUGCCACUCUCUCUUUCUCUCUCUUUAUUUAUCCAAUCUUUACUUUAAUUUCCCGUAGUUCGGAUUUUUCUGAGGAAUACACCGAUUUAUAUAUGUAUGAUAAAAGCAAAACGUAAAAGAAGAAAAAAGAAAACACGAAAGUUAGUAAAAGGUCGUACACGUUGUACACAACCACGUUGUUUUUAGGUUUGGCAAAAUUAGGAAAAAAGCAAAAGAAUCGUCCACAGUUUAUUCGACACGUUGAUGGGGGUGAUCAACGCUAUAACGUUAUACGUUUGGGGGAACACUUGAAAUGAGAACACAUGUGAUCGUGAAGUUUCUUUUGUAUUUGAGUGUCGAAUUAUUUACAGAUGCAUGGUACGAUUUUAAAUACAAAAAAAAAAAAAAAAAAAAAAAUCAGGAAACAUCGUCGUUUCUUCUUUCUCUUGUAUCAAGAAGAACUCUUGCGAGCGUUGCGCAUAAAUAAAACUUAUUACUUAACGUCAUUUAAAUUAUUGCUUUCAGAAGUUCUCUCUCGCGCGUCGUCUCUACGUUAAUAGGAAGACUUAACUACGAAAUACCUAGGCGGCAACAGAGAGCCGCCGUGUCUUUGGUCCGUUUUCUCGUGAGAGGAUAUCGCGUCGUA